CUUCCUACUGUCAGCCACCACAACACAGGAACAGUCAACCACAUCCAACUGGAACCAUGCAGUCUGCCGAGGCCAAAUUCAACAAAAACAGCCUGCUCUUGGCUCUGAGACGAUACAGUGCCACAGUCAGUGACAUGGAGCAGACCAUUCUCCUGCCGAGCCUGCUGCGAGAUGUGCCCUCUGAUGAUGUGUGGGACUGUGAGGCCGCAGAGGAGUCCUGCAAAGACCUGUAUGGCAACUACCUGAUGCUCAAGGCCAUAAGAAACACAGUAGAGAUCGGCCUCGUUCCCCUGGAUGACCACAACGCCAAGAACAACAUGGCGCUCAACAAAACUCUGGAGCCUCUUUUGGACACAGAUCCUGAAGCUCUCUUCCGCUUCCACCUGAGAGGCCUCUUUUCUGUGAUGAGUGACCUCACUAAGAAGACUCAGGGCCUCACUGAGAAAUAUAUGGACAUAAUUGGAGUGGUAAAUUAGAAAUACAUGUAAGAUAUGUGGACAUCAAGUUAAACAUCUUGUGUUUAUAAAACUGCUGUAUAUGUAACAAAGUCAUCUGAACAUCUUAUGUGACCCCAUGCUUCUAACUUAAUGAAUAUGCAAUAAACCUGUAUUGCCAAAACUGA